UAUGACGCAAUCGCAGCUUGUGAUGCGAAUGUGCCAGAUAAAGUCAAGGCACGUCGGUGUAUUGACAAGAUGACAGUGGCGGUGGAGGAGAAGGAGAAGGCGGUGGAGGAGGAGAAGGAGGAGAAGAAGAAGAAGAAGGAGGAAGCAAGUGAGAUUCCUAGUGGGUGUGUUGUGAAGGUGACGUUGUGCGGUGUUUCACAAGCUCACAAGAUUGCCACUCUGAACGGAGGCCACGCGGCGGUUGACGGCGCGCACGCGGUUGGCAGCUUGCCCAGUUACCUGAAGUCGACGAGAAACAGCGGAGGCACGUGCCCAGUGCCGAAGAAACUCUACUUCCAAAUCGACAACAACGUGCUUCAUGGAGAAGAGAGGGGAGGAAGGAGACGACGACGAGGAGAAGGGGGAGGAGGCGGAGGAAGAGAGGAUGGACGUCGUGAGCGUCACCAUGUGAGGCAAAGUCGAAGCAGUGAUGCAGGUGCUUGGCGCAUUGAGGGUGAGAGGCGUGAAUCGCGGUUCAAGUUGCUGUGUCUGCUGCAUCACACACCCAGUCUCAACUCGCUCUUCGAGCUUGUCACCUCCGACCCCAUUCUCACUGCCAGACACCUCUCCGACGAUGGAACAGCCAGGUUGGCUAGUUGGACGGAGAACAGGCAGAUGGCGACGUGCGCAGUGAAGGCGAACGGACACAAACCACGAGCACUGAAGGCACACUUCUCGGACAGCGAGUCGACGACGCAGACGACGAGAACAUCAAGGUCGGAGAAGGUGACACACAAAGCGUCCAGCGCAUCACGGAGGCAGGAGGCCACGCCAAAGCCAUCAACUACAGCAACGCCGAGGUCACACCCACGCACCCACUUCGACCUCAGUGUGAAGCUGGCUAACACAAGGACCAACUUCAUUGCACUUCGUCCCACUCAACAACAGCGUUCCUCAGCGACCAAUUCCGCGUCGACUCUGCGUCCCACCAUACAGUGCGCACCUGGUGAACACCACACUGGGUCGAGUGGUGACCUGGCGUGUGACGCCUCGAGUGCAGUGCCACCACGCAAUCCGUUCGAGGACGUGGUGAUCAACAUUCCGGUGUUGGGAUUCCACAAGUGCGGCAAGACAAGCCUGCUAAAGAGCCUGGUGCAGACUGGUCCAACGCGAUCGCCUACCUCAUCCACACGAACUCCCACCUACUACUACCCCAUGGCUGUUUUCAACUACCAGACGUUCAAUUUCCGACUCAUCGACUGUCCCAUGAUGAUGCAGGAUUUUCCCCUCUCCACACUGGAUGCGUGGGCGGACUUUCGUGGCUGGGGCCUCCACGUGGCCGACUUCUUCAUUCUCGUCUUCGACAUCACCUCCGACCUCUCCUUCCACUACAUCAGGCUUCUUCGCGAGCAGAUAAUCGCCGCCAACAUGGAUGUCCCGAUGGUGAUCGUGGCGAACAAAAUCGACUUGCUCCAGCCCCCUAACUCGUCCCCUGCUGCUGCUGCUGCAACUGCAGCUGUCGGUGGUGGUGGCGGUGGCGGUGGCGGCGGCGGUGGAGGCAUAGUCAACUCUGCUACCUCGUCGAUUCACCACGCUCGGCAUGUGAUGUUUGAGAGCGGCUGGAACCACAAGUCGUCGACACGACAGAACGCUCGCGUGUUGCCCAGGAGUAACGUUGGCAGCAGCAGCAGCAGCUGCAUCAUCAUCGCAGGUGAAAGCACGCCCAGCCAGCACAUCCCACACCUCAGCAUGAAGCCGAGCCUGUCGCUGGGAGGUUGUCCGAAGGCGGUGUUUCGGCGCGAUCUGGCGCUGCUGGUGAAGAAGCACUGGAAACACUGCGUCCUCGUUGAGUGCUCAGCCCUCUACAACUUCAACACCCUGACGAUUUUGAAGGAGGUUCUGCAGUUUGUGCAGUAUCGAAACCACGGUCAGAGGCCGAAGGCAGCACAGGCUGUGCAGGCAGUGUGGCAGAGAAAUCAGUGCUGCCUCCUCUGA